AUGGUUCAGUUUAUAAAUGGGACUCAUAAAUCAAAAGCUAAUAACGGCGACUUAGUUAUUGGACAACCGUAUACAUUUGGUAUUCAUAUGGAAAAUACUGAUCGAUACGAUUACUUGUUGCAGUCUUGUACUUAUAAUGAUAAAUACCGUUUUGUCGAUCAGAAUAGCUGCCUGGUUUACGACAAAUUCUUCUUGAAGAUGUGGGAAAAUGACAUGUACCAAUUGCAAGGCGCAACAAAACGCACAUUUAUCCAUUUUGUGCCACCAGAGCCGCUUACUCGUCUCGAAUGCAGUGUGCGCAUACUGUACUGUUGCGGAUGCGCUGAAAGAGCCUGUGAAAGAAGGAUUUUGCCGACUUUGAUCAUUUAUCCACAGCAGGUGAUCAAUGUAGCAAUCAUUAAUGAUCAAGCAGUAGGAAUCUUGGCCACUUCAGUAGGCAGUUGGCCGUGGUGGAUUUGGCUUCUCAUUGCUUUGGGACUCAUCCUACUUCUUUGCUUAUUACCAUUACUCUUGUUAUUAUAUUCUCAACUAUGCAUGCACAAAAGAAAGGUAUCAGAUUCCAAAGCUAUAGUUCCACAACCGCUUCCAGCUAAAGCUUCAAAUAUUCUUGUUCGAGCAAAAGAAAUGGAAGAAAAUGGCGCUUCAGAAAGGCCAUCGGUGUUACCACAACCAUCUCCACCACAACCACCACCACCUCCACCAUUACCUACUCGUAUAUUCGGUAUCUCAUCUGAUUCACCAUCUGAAAGCAUUCGUUCAACUGCCAGUCAGUCUCAUAUUGCGGUCAUCAGACAACAACAGCCUCGCAUGUCCUGGGCAGAUCGCAGUAUCCGAAGUGAGAUAGAGCCAAGACCGACGUUAGAGCGACAUAUAGCAACACAUAAUUUGGAAAGCGUCACUGAGAAACGUGUAGAUUUGGGCAAAUGUGAAGAAGCCAUAGGAUUAGGAAGCAAAUUCCCGUCCAGUCGAGAUGAAUACUACAUCCGUCAGAUAGAUCCCAAAAAAACGGUACAUCAACAAACUACCUGUGAAGAAAAAUUUUUUAAAAAAAGAGAUCGUCAAAAUAGAAUGGUUGAAGAAGGUUAUGACCGUGCUCAGCUAACAUAUACUACACCUGAGAGACAUUUCGCCCAUUCCGAAAUUGUUUAA